GUAUCUAAUGAAACAAAGUCUACAUGCCGUGCACUAGUGCUCUCGAUCUUUCCAGACAUUGACCCUGACCACCUCGACGUCCUUUGCGAGGAGCGGCAGUGGUCUUCAAGUGGCGUCCUCGAGCACAUCCUAAACCAGCAGGAGGACGGCAUCCAGUAUCCCACGGCUCUGAAGGCCAACCUCAAGAGAAAGCGC